AUGUCCGUUCCGGGGGCACAGAAAAACAAACCUCUCGCAUGUUACCGCAUCCUUUCACCCCUCUGUGGAUUGCGCGUUUCUCCAAUUGCUCUAGGAGGAAUGAGCCUCGGUGACAAAUGGGCUGGCAUGGGUGAAAUGACGAAGAAAAAAGGUUUUGAGCUCUUGGAUGCGUACUACGAGAUGGGAGGAAAUUUUGUGGACACGGCGAACAACUACCAGGACGAAGUUUCUGAGGAAUGGGUCGGUGAAUGGAUGGAACAGCGGGGAAAUAGAGAUCAAAUAGUCGUCGCAACCAAGUACUCAUGCAACUACAAGCUCAACGCUCCCGCAACACAAUAUCCUAUCAAAGUCUCCUACGUGGGAAAUAAUGCCAAAUCCCUCCACAUCUCUCUUGAGGCUUCACUCAAGAAACUGAGAACAUCAUACGUGGACAUUUUGUAUCUGCACUGGUGGGAUUUCGGGACGGGAGUGGAGGAGGUGAUGAAUUCGUUGCAUGUUGAGGUUAUGCGGGGUAGGGUGCUCUAUUUGGGCGUGUCGGACACACCAGCCUGGGUCGUUGCCAAAGCAAAUCAGUACGCGCGAGAUCAUGGAAAGACGCCUUUUUGCAUCUACCAAGGAAGGUGGAACGUGCUCGAGCGGUCGUUCGAAAGGGACAUAAUUCCCAUGGCGCGAUCCGAAGGACUUGCCCUCGCACCCUGGGAUGUGCUUGUCGCCGGGAGGCUUCGCUCGAACACAGAAGAAGAAGCUCGUAAUAACUCUGGGGAGAACGGACGUAUGAUGUAUAGGGAUACGUGGAAGAGGAGUGACGAAGAAACCAAGAUGGCGAAAGUCCUUGAGGAGAUCGCGAUGGAGUGUGGGCUGGGAGAUGCGGGAAACACGAGCUCGGAGGGCGGUGGUAUGGCGGUGGCGAUUGCAUAUGUGAUGCAGAAGACAACUUAUGUAUUCCCGAUCUUGGGCGGCCGUAAGGUCACCCAUCUGAGGUCUAACCUGCGCGCUUUGAAGAUCCAGUUGACGGAAGAACACAUGUCAAGGAUCGAGGGAGUGGCAAAGUUCCAGGUGGGCUUUCCGAACUCAAUAAUUGGCGAUGGUUUCAAGGAAGGAUCCCUCCUCGCCGAACAACGCGCGGCCACGGAAGACCUAUGGCCCCUCGCUCAACCCAUUAUGCCGCGCUCGUUGUAAUAAGUAGCAGCAGGGUCCAGGUAUAGCGCAGAGGAUAGUGAAGGGGCGAUCAAGGUGACUUCCUCAACAUGCGUUGUGCUGACUUCGAGUAGCGCGGAAGUCGUGGAGAAAGGAGACAUGCGCUUCCUGAUUGUACGCAGGCCAGUCCACGAUCAUCCACAGCAGGAAUUCCACAAAUGAGCUCA